AUGAAACCCCAGGGGCCCAACGAGCUCAAGGUCACCGAGCUUUCAGACCCUAAACCGAGCGCAGACCAGUACGUCAUAGAGGUGCACGCGGCGGCGACAAACUUCUUUGAUAUCCUGCAGAUACAGGGCAAGUACCAGAACCAGCCACCGUUCCCCUGGGUGGCCGGCGCCGAGUUCGCAGGCGUCGUCCUCUCCACCCCGUCUGGGUCCAAGUCGCCCAAAUUCCCCGUGGGCGCGCGCGUCUUUGGCGCCUCCCAGGGCUCCUACGCGGCCAAGGUCGCGGCGUCCGAGGUGCAGCUCCUGCCCGUGCCGGAGGGCUGGUCGUUCCGGGACGCGGCGGGCCUGUUCGUGACGGCGCCGACGUCGUACGGGGCGCUGGUGCUGCGGGCCGGUGUCAAGGCCGGCGACUACGUCCUCGUGCAUGCGGCGGCGGGCGGCGUCGGGCUGGCGGCGGUGCAGAUCGCCAAGGCGUUCGGGGCGACGGUGAUCGCGACGGCGGGGACGGAGCGCAAGCGCGAGGUCGCGCGGCAGUUCGGCGCCGACCAUGUCGUAGACUACCGGGACGAGAAGUGGCCGGAACUCGUCAAGAAGCUGACGCCCAAGGGCAGGGGCGUGGAUAUCGUCUACGACCCCGUGGGGUUGGUGGACAAGAGCACCAAGUGCAUCGCCUGGAACGGACGCAUCUUGGUGGUGGGGUUCGCGGCGGGCACGAUCGAGAAGGUUGCUAUGAACAAGGUUCUGUUGAAGAACAUCAGCCUAGUGGGUAUUCACUGGGGACAGUACGCUGUGCACGAGAAAGAGAGUAUUCCUCUUGUGUGGGAGGGCAUUAUGAAGCUCGUUGGGCAAGGCAAGUUCAAGGGCACAGUUUAUUCGGACACGGAGUUUAUCGGCCUGGAAAGUGUACCAGACGCGUUGAUCGCUCUGGGUGGAAGGGAGAGCUGGGGAAAAGUGGUAGUCCAAGUUCCACAAGGAAAGUCAUCCAAGUUAUGA